UUCACCCGGAUCGGUUCGUCGGAGUGCGCUGCCCCGAAACGGGUUCGUCCGAUCCUUGUCCGUUCGCGUCCGAAGAGCAUCGACAUCUGCAGCCAGCGAUGGGCCCGCUGUUUUUGGCACAAAGUGUACAUUGUUCGUUGGCCGCUGGCUCAAGCAAUGGUCCUUUCGUGUGUGUGUUUGUGUGCGUGUGAGAGUCUGUGGCAUAGUGCAUAGAUCGUUCAAGUGAGUUGUGGCUGCUAGGGGAAGAAGCAAGCAAUAAAAAGAAAACAACAGUGUCGGUGUUGGAAAAAAUAGAAUACAGUGAGAAAAAGAUUGCUAAAACGAAGAACCUGAUACGAAAAUGUCCGUUCGAUGGGAGGCGCCGGGUUUUGCGUCCCGACGUCGUUCGGCGCCAGAGGAUGAGUGUGAAAGCGCGAUGCUGCCGGAUGGCGGACUGGCGGUGGCGGGCGCGAACGAAGGCGACGGUGACCAUUCGCGCUCCCGGAACGGCACGAAUCCAGUGCGGACAGCUUCCGGUGGUCGUCGCUGUCCGGUUGCGAUGGUGGACGCGGAGCUGAGCGACGAAGGCCAGGAAGCGGAAGACGACUGCGAUGGAAUUGUCGUGCUGGAUGAGGCGAGCGAGCGGCUCCUGGGAGGGUGGAACGGUAGUCCUAAAGUAAAGAUGUUCAAAUCGAAACACUCCUCCAACGAACCGUCCCCCGCGCACCACGGCGACCCUCCCGCCGAUGAAGCCGCCUCCCCCGACCCCGACGCGAUGCACAUCAUCCUCAAUCCAUCGUCGCAGGCCGCCACCAGUCCGCCGCUGCUGGUCUCGGCCAAACGCCCCUCACCUGCCGCCAGCCCCUCGCCACCCUCGCCCGCCCUCGAGCACAACCAGGCAAGCGCCAAGAGCAUCAACAACAACAACAGCAGCAGCAAUAGCAGCAACAACAAAGCGAACAGCAAAAACAACCACAGCAAACCGACUGGUAAGGGAGGUGGUGGUGGUGGUGGCGGCGGCAAGGCGGCCGGAAAGCACCGGAAGGGCUCGGACGAGGACAGCGACAUCAUCGGCGAGCUGAUCGGCGAUUACGGCAAGUGGCAGUUCGUGAUGACGUUUCUGCUGUCGCUGUUCCAGGUCCCAAACACGUUCCACAUCUACUCGCCAACGUUUCAGGCGGCGGAUAAAAGCUUCUGGUGCCGACGGCCGGCGCACCUGCACGACGUCUCCAUCGAUCGGUGGCGGAACGUGACGGGCUCGGAGGAAAACUGUCGGAUACUGAACUACGACUGGAACGCGCUGUCGAGCGCCCAGCUGGCGAUGGGCAACUUUUCGCUGCCGAAAAAUCUCACCGAUACGGUCGGUUGUGCGGCCUGGGAGUUCGACACGCAGGACAACCUCGGCAACACCUGGUCGUCGGAGUGGAACCUCGUGUGCGACAAGGAGUACCUGAAGAACGUGGCCGAGAUGUUCUUCCUGGCGGGCGUGGCAACCGGUGGCAUCACCAGCGGCGUCCUGUCCGACAAGUUCGGCCGCAAAAUGAUGCUUUUCAUCUCUGCCGUCCUGCAGUCGAUCUUUGGGUUAGCACUUUACUUCGCCGACUCGUUCGAGUUCUAUCUCGUGCUGAGGGCACUGCUUGGUAUCGUCUCGGUUUCGGUGACCUACGCCGGGCUGAUUCUGGCGAUCGAGUAUGUCGACGGCAAGUGGCGCACAAUCGCCGGCAUGUACAACCUGUUCCCGCUGCCCGUCUCCUACAUCAUGAUCUCCGGGAUCGCCUAUCUGACGCAGGACUACCGGAAUCUGCAGCUCUGCAUCGGCCUACCUGGUGUGUUCCUGUGUCUGCUGUGGUUUGUUCUGCCGGAAUCACCCCGAUGGCUGCUCUGCAAGGGGCGCAUAACCGAGGUGAAGGAAGUGAUUCGGAAGGCGGCCGCCUUCAACAAACGGACGCUCCCGGAUAAUCUCGACAAGCUGCUCAAACCACCGGUUGACGAGGAGGAAACGGCGGCCGGCGUUUGCGAGCUGUUCCGCUCCAAGUAUCUUCGGCUGGUGACGUUCUGUUUUCUGUGCAUCUGGUUCACGAUGAACCUGGUCUACUACGGUCUGGUUUUAAAUAUGAACAGCUUCGGUGGAAACAUUUAUCUUAAUUCGGCACUUGCGGGUUUGGUGGAAAUUCCGGCCAUCGCGCUGGCGAUGUACAUCAUCAAUCGGACGGGAAAAAAGUGGCUCUUCUGUGCGACAUUCUUCGCCGCCGCCCUGGCUUGCCUGUGUGCCGCAAUCGUCGAGGGUAAACCGGACCUGCUAGCGAUGAAGAUAACCUUCGUUAUGAUAGGAAAAUUCACCAUCAGCGCAGGUAACACCAUCAUGCCCGUUUACACGGCGGAACUGUACCCGACCGCGAUUCGAAAUGUUGGUGUCGGGGCGUGCAAUCUGGCGGCCGGUUUCGCCCUCAUACUAACGCCGUACCUAUCGAUGUUGACAAAAAUUGAAGAUCACCUGCUGAUGACGCUGCUGACGGCUUGGUGCAUUUUCGGUGCAAUAGUGAUCGUCUUCCUGCCCGAGGGUAUGCAGCAUCACGAGCACGAGGAACACGAUGAAGAGAAAGAAAUCGAUACGCAGCUGACGGCUUAAGAGGGCUCAACUCCCGUACCCGAUCAUUCCAGUACCAGCAAACCAGCUAAUAUCGACGGUCGGUCGGGCGCGAGAGACCCAACACUAGCGGCAACCAUUUCCAUGACAGUACUGCACCACAGCUGAACCACAAGCGGGACUCAACAGUCGUACAAGGAACAAACACAAACACUUCGAUCAACUACAACUGCCAUAUCUAGCCCCCGAGCACCCGAGAUUUUCUAUUUCCUGAUGGAGUAUACAGAGUAUUACCUUACCCAAACCUCACUCCCAGACCAAAGAAUCCGGGGGGAGAGGGAGGCAUGGUUGCGAGGCGGAGGUGCGAAUUUUUCUCACCCACUAUUUGUCGAAACGGUCAAUUGCAAUGGACGGUGAGGUUGAGGAGUCCAAUGGAUGGUUCUUAGUAUACCUGUUAGCAACGUAACGUAGUGUAACGGACAGUUACGCAUCAAAUAGGACCACGUGUCCAUCGGUGUCAUUCGCUUUCGAUACGCAGAACAGUACGAGUGGCCCACUCCAAACACGAGAUUAGUGCAUUUACGGUCUAGUUCUUUUAAUGUAAUAGACAUUGAGUUGAGUUUACUUCAAUUCCACCGGGAUCCGUAACGUAAUGAGUUCCUCUCGCAGAGGAAAGCACCUCCAGGUACCGUAGUGUUUUAGAGUUUUAGAGAAAUAGUACUCCGACAGCAUGCGAAACAAUAGGCUGGCGAUAAACCAUUACCCGCUUUUCACCACUGGCUGGACCAGUGCCGAACCCGACCCGACUCGGGAUGUCAUUGUGACCGGUUCACAAAGCCCAUAUAUACACACAGUUACACAUAUACUACAAGCAAACAUUUAAAUACGAAGCACAAUAGAGUAUGCCCGAAGCAGGGGGUAUUGCUUAAGAACCGAACCAUCUCAACUCAAACGUACCGGAGAGACACACUUUGAAGAUUGUUUCAAUUCCAUCAGACCGUCAGGUAUCCUUUGAACAAGCGAUUAAAUUUUAACUAAUCACAUAUUACAGAAGAACAUUUUCUAGAGCAUAUUUAACUGAUUGGCGUGCCGUCGGAACGCCGCGACACACAUGUGUAUACCAUUUUUUUAUAGAUGUUCUACACUUCCACUAUCGGAGAGGAACGCUGGAUAGCCGCUAACGAUUGUUUGUUGAACUUGGCCGAGCUUUCGAUGUGUACUCGUAGUCCUGGUUAGUAGCGCGAACGUAAUAUAUUGAUACUAAAUUAAUCGGAACCAAUUCCCCCAAACGGCCUGCGGCCCGACCCGGUCGGGAACUUCCUACCAAACGCUCUCUGACUUUCUUUUCCCCGUGCGAAAUGUUAAGUGUCACCUCUCAAGGCGACGCACAUCGAGUAGUUGUGUAGUGUAACGGGCCAAGUUUUCCCUUAGACUGGCCAGCCACUGCAGUCCCCUGCUCUUCCUCCACCACCCGGGCGGCAGAUGCGGGACCAUGAUUCGUCUAUGUUAGUUGUACUUAAACUUCAAUGUCGUGUGUUUGUGUGUAGUGGCUUUCGCGCUGCAGUGCCCGAAAAAGGCGGCGAUAGAGUGUUGUAGAGCUGACGAACGCAAUACCGUUUGGAAGCUAUAUAUUCGGUGUCUUGUAGUGUACCGCAUUCGAUGGCAAGUAGCAAACCACACCGUUUGGCUGACGGACGGUUGUCCUUGAGCGGGAGGCGGGCGAAUGGUGGUCAUGGUGGGCGCACGAAGGGAAAAGAAAUAUUAAGGAGGUAUUUUGCAGGACAGGUUCAAAAAGUUGUUAAAGUAACGCAUGUUUUUAGGAGGCGAGUUUCGUUGGAAUCGUGUUGAUUGGUCGCUCGUCAUUAACAAACUAUUCAGAUUUUAGAUUUAAAACUCCUAGAAUGCAGUUAUCGGGUUGGAAACUUUACCAGCGAUUGUUGAGAGUAUUUAGGGGGAAAAUUAAAUUUAACAACGUUAACGUUGCAAGUGAAAUGUGAAGCAAGGUUGGGGAAAGGGAAAGAUGAGAUUGCAAUGGGAAAACAUCCAUUUUAUUUAUUUCUUCGUUUCGUACUUAAGCAUAACGAUUUUACCAUCGCCGAAUAACGGGGCAGUGGGAAGGCCUCUGAGAUGCCAUUCAAAACACAACUCUAUUAACCAACCGUUUCCAACCGUUCGCUGGCAUCGCUUUAGCUGUAAUGAGCGUAUUUGCAAAGGGUAUUAGAGUAUUCCAUGAAUAAACACUGUCGAAUCGCGACUAAAGCCGAGGUAGCGGAAAGAUGUUGUCGCAUUAAAGCCAAAAAAAAAAAAUAAAGCAACGAGUGGAAGUGCAAGAAGGAGCAUGUUCAGGUGCUAAGGGACACGGGGAGGAAGAUCAUUGUAAAUAUCCCUUCCCGUGCCCGGCCCCGCGUAAGGUGUAACCCGAGGAAUCUAGGACAUACGAGCGUUAGAAGGUCUAUGUAUAUCGGUAAUGAUUGUGAAGUCGGCGUCGCGCCACACCAAGUUUGGGCGUGUGGCAAACAUUCAACAAAAGCUGGUAAUAAUAAAUGUGGUA